AUGCUGCGCUACCUGCUCAAAACGCUGCUGCAGAUGAACUUGUUCGCGGACUCCCUGGCCGGGGACAUCUCCAACUCCAGUGAGCUGCUCUUCGGCGGCUUCAACUCCUCGCUGGCAGCGCUCAACCACAGUUCGCUGCCUCCCAGCGACCCCUCUCUCAACGAGUCAAGAAUUGGGCCAGAGGACGCUAUGCCGCGCAUCGUGGAGCAGCCACCAGAUCUACUGGUCUCCCGGGGCGAGCCGGCCACGCUGCCCUGUCGUGCUGAGGGCCGACCUAGACCCAACAUCGAAUGGUACAAGAAUGGGGCACGCGUGGCCACAGCACGCGAGGACCCGCGCGCGCACCGCCUGCUGCUGCCCAGCGGCGCCCUCUUCUUUCCGAAAAUUGUGCAUGGGCGCCGUGCUCGACCGGAUGAGGGAAUCUACACUUGUGUGGCCCGCAACUACCUGGGGGUUGCAGCUAGUCGAAAUGCCUCUCUUGAAGUAGCAGUCCUCCGUGAUGAUUUCCGGCAGUCUCCUGGAAACGUGGUGGUGGCAGUGGGGGAGCCAGCAGUAAUGGAAUGUGUGCCCCCCAGGGGCCACCCAGAACCUUUGGUGACUUGGAAGAAGGACAGUGCAAGGCUUAAAGAGGAGGAGGGAAGGAUUACGAUUCGUGGAGGGAAGCUGAUGAUGUCACACACACUCAAGAGUGAUGCCGGGAUGUAUGUGUGUGUGGCAUCCAACAUGGCAGGAGAACGGGAGAGUGGGGCAGCUGAACUUGUGGUACUGGAACGUCCCUCAUUCCUGCGAAGACCAGUAAACCAGGUGGUCCUGGCUGAUGCCCCUGUUAAUUUCCUAUGUGAGGUGGAGGGGGAUCCCCCACCUCAUCUGCACUGGCGCAAGGAGGAUGGGGAACUGCCCACAGGCAGGUAUGAGAUCCGGAGCGACCACAGCCUUUGGAUUGGGCAAGUGAGUGCUGAAGAUGAGGGGACUUACACCUGUGUGGCGGAGAACAGCGUGGGCCGUGUGGAAGCAUCUGGUUCCCUCAGUGUUCACGUCCCGCCUCAGUUGGUGACCCAACCCCAAGAUCAGAUGGCAGCUCUUGGAGAGAAUGUGACUUUCAAGUGUGAGACUAAAGGAAACCCCCCACCUGCCAUCUUCUGGCAGAAAGAAGGAAGUCAAGUCCUGCUUUUCCCUAGCCAGUCACUUCAACCCACGGGGCGCUUCUCAGUCUCUCCAAGAGGCCAGCUCAACAUCACUGAAGUGCAGAGUGAGGAUGCUGGCUACUAUGUAUGCCAGGCUGUCAGUGUGGCUGGCAGCAUCCUGGCCAAGGCCCUGUUGGAGAUAAAAGGAGCCUCCUUGGAUGGGCUGCCUCCCAUCGUCCUCCAGGGACCAGCCAAUCAGACACUAACCCUUGGCUCCUCUGUAUGGCUGCCGUGCAGAGUGACUGGGAACCCUCAGCCCAGUGUCCGAUGGAAGAAGGAUGGACAGUGGCUGCAGGGCAAUGACCACCAGUUCAACCUAAUGGCCAAUGGCACCCUGUACAUCACCAAUGUGCAGGAGAUGGACAUGGGUUUCUACAGCUGUGUGGCCAAGAGUUCCAUAGGAGAGGCCACAUGGAGUAGCUGGCUUAGGAAACGGGAAGAUUGGGGAGCAUCACCAGAUCCUCCUACAGAACUGAGUACCCUUCCAGGCCCUCCCUCUCAGCCAGUGGUCACUGAGAUCACCAAGAACAGCAUUACCCUGACCUGGAAGCCCAAUCCGCAGACUGGGGCUACAGUCACCUCUUACGUGAUAGAGGCCUUUAGCCAAGCAGCUGGCAACACAUGGCGGACAGUGGCAGAUGGUGUGCAGCUGGAGACACACACAAUCAGCGGUCUGCAGCCCAAUACCAUCUACCUGUUUCUGGUGCGAGCUGUUGGAACCUGGGGCCUCAGUGAACCCAGCCCUGUCUCCGAGCCUGUCCGCACGCAGGAUAGCCAUCCAACCAGGCCAGUGGAAGACCCAUGGAGAGGCCAGCGGGGAAUGGCUGAAGUGGCCGUGCGAAUGCAGGAGCCCAUAGUCCUUGGGCCCCGAACUCUGCAGGUGUCCUGGACUGUGGAUGGCCCAGUCCAGCUGGUGCAAGGUUUCCGGGUAUCCUGGAGGGUAGCAGGUCCUAAUGGGGGAAGCUGGACAGUGCUGGAUCUACAGACCCCAAGCCAGCAAAGUACUGUGCUAAGAGGACUCCCACCAGGGACCCAAAUCCAGAUUAAGGUGCAAGCCCAAGGCCAGGAGGGGCUGGGGGCUGAAAGCCCUUUUGUGACCAGGAACAUUCCUGAGGAGGCCCCCAGUGGUCCCCCCCAGGGAGUGGCAGUAGCCUUGGGGGGUGAUGGCAACAGCAGUAUCACUGUGUCCUGGGAGCCUCCACUGCCCUCUCAGCAAAAUGGGGUCAUUACUGAAUACCAGAUCUGGUGCCUGGGUAAUGACAGUCGCUUCCACCUCAACCGGUCUGCGGCAGGCUGGGCACGCUCCGUGAUGCUGCGGGGACUGCUGCCGGGUCUGCUCUACCAUACCCUGGUCGCCGCGGCCACCAGCGCUGGCGUGGGCGUGACCAGUGCCCCGGUGCUCGUACAGCUGCCGUCCCCGCCGGGAAUGGAGCCUGGGCUCGAGGUGGGCCCGGGGCUGACGGAGCGGCUGGCGAGGGUGCUGCGGGACCCUGCCUUCCUCGCAGGCAGCGGUGCAGCCUUCGGGGCGCUGCUGCUCGGGCUCUGCGCCGCCCUCUACCGGCGCCGGAAGCAGCGCAAAGAGCUCAGCCACUACACGGCCUCCUUUGCCUACACACCCGCAGUGUCCUUCCCACACUCAGAGGGACUCUCUGGAGCCAGUUCCAGGCCACCCAUAGGCCUUGGCCCUGCCCCCUACCCAUGGCUGGCAGACUCGUGGCCCCACCCAUCCGGAAGCCCAUCAGCCCAGGAACCUAGAGGAAGCUGCUGCCCCAGCAAUCCUGAUCCAGACGACAGAUACUACAAUGAAGCAGGAAUCUCCCUAUAUUUGGCUCAGACUGCCCGGGGCACUGCUGUCCCUGGCGAGGGUCCUGUCUACAGCACCAUUGACCCAGCAGGGGAGGAGCUGCAGACCUUCCAUGGGGGAUUUCCACAACACCCCUCAGGGGACCCAGGCACCUGGAGCCAGUAUGCUCCUCCAGAAUGGAGCCAGGGGGAUAGUGGAGCCAGGGGAGGCAAAGUGAAGCUUCUGGGGAAGCCUGUGCAGAUGCCCUCUCUGAACUGGCCAGAAACCCUGCCACCACCUCCCCCUUCCUGUGAACUGAGCUGCCCAGAGGAGCCUGAGGAGGAUCUGGAGGGCAGCUCAGAGUCAGAAGAAUGGUGCCCACCAAUGCCCGAGAGAAGCCACCUGACUGAGCCCAGCUCCGGUGGAGGGUGCCUGGUUGCUCCAUCCCAAGGGGAAAAACCCUCUCCCACACCCUCCUAUGGACAGCAGUCCACAGCCACUCUUACCCCCUCUCCUCCUGACCCUCCCCAGCCCCCUAGUGAUCUUCCCCAUCUCCAUCAGAUGCCCAGGAGGGUGCCCCUUGGGCCAAGUUCCCCUCUCAGUGUGUCCCAGCCCACUCUGAGUAGCCACGAAGGGAGGCCUGCUGGCCUGAGUGCUGGUCUCACAUCCUCCCAUCACCUGGGCCCCAGCCCUGUCCCAAGUACAACCAGCAGUGCCCCAGGGAGAACCCGGCAGGUGCCUGGGGAGAUGACUCCCCCACUUCAAGGACCCAGUGCCCGAAUCCGGAAGAAAUCCAAGGCUCUUCACUAUAGGAGGGAGCAUAGUCCUGGGGACUUGCCCCCACCACCCCUGCCACCACCAGAGGAGGAGGUAAGCUGGGCCUUGGGGCUGAGAGCAGCAGGCAGCAUGUCCUCCUUGGAGCGAGAGCACAGUGGGGAGAGGAGAGUGGUGCAGGUGGUGCCUCUGGGGGCCCAGCGAGGACCCCAUCCAGAUGAAGAGGCCUGGCUCCCAUAUGGCAGACCAAGCUUCCUGUCCCGUGGCCAGGGCACCAGCAACUGUUCCACUGCUGGCAGCAAUUCUUCCAGAGGCUCUGGCAGCUCUCGGGGCUCCCGGGGUCCUGGACGGAGCAGGAGCCGGAGCCGAAGCCAAAGCCAGAACCAGAGGCCAGGACAGAAACGUCGAGAGGAGCCAAGAUGACCUUUGAUGAGGCAAUGAGAACACUGAGCGUUCCAUGGGGCAGGGGAUGGAACACCCUCUCAUAGUAAAC